AUUGACUAUUAUGCUUCCACAGUUAUUAUUCCCCUAUAUAAACACACUCGUACCUUCCCCUCAACGCAUUCAAACCAAAAUACAAACACCUUUGUUUUCUCUCUUCAACACUAUUCAUUCCAACAAUAUCAAAUUAGGGUUUCAUUUAACCAGUGAUGGGAAAUUACGUUUCAUGCACCUUAGCACCACCAUUGAUGAGGAACACGAAAGCUACGAGAGUUAUCUUUCCAACCGGAGAAGUGAAACAAUUUAGAGAAAUAAUGAAAGCUGCGGAACUUAUGUUAGAGAAUCCAAACUAUUUCUUAGUCAAUUCUCGUUCUCUUCAUAUCUCUACAAGAUUCUCUCCUCUCGCUGCAGAUGAAGAAUUAGAAUUCGGAAGUGUUUACAUAUUCUUUCCAAUGAGAAGACUCAACUCUGUUGUUACGGGGGCUGACAUGGCGGUGCUCUUUUUAGCGGCAAAUUCUGCGGCGAAAAGGUUACGUGCCAGAAAGACACGUGUCCAACCGGAUGAGAAUUCGGAAGCAAAGGAGAGUGGUGUUGAGAAUGAUGAAAAGGAGUGUGUUCCGAGGUUGAGUUUGGAAGGAGUGGAAUCGGGAUUUAGUUAUAGGUUAAGUUAUUGUAGAUCAAAGAAACCUUUUCUGGAAACUAUAAACGAAGAACCAAUUAGGUCAAGAUGAAGGAGUUAAUUCAUUGGCAGGAGCAGGAAUGAAAAUCACGCGCCAAAACCAAAGGUAGAUAAAAAGUUCAAUGCUAUAAGGAAAACAAGACAGAACCCAGUCACCAUAGGGACCAAAACACAACGGAAAAUGAGAGAUUGGUUGCUAAGCAAAAUGGUCGUUGGGCAGAGGCAAUGUUACAAAAGAUUUUAUUUUUAUUAAAUCUUGCAUCUGCUCUGUAUAAUUCUGCGCUAUUAAAUUUCAAUCACUUUGCUAGGUUGUUGGGCAAAGAGACAGAGUGAGGGAGGACUCAUUUAGUGUUAAAUGAUAUGGAUUUUAUGGAAGGGUCCUAAUGAAAAGGUUUUUAGAAACAUAAAUGGAUCGACAGAUGAAUGGCUAGAUGAAAUAAAAAUGUUGGUUUGUAAAUUGUAAGAGAUCAUUUGUAUCUUCUGUGUACAAGAUUGUAGAUAUUACAACAUGUUAAAAUCUGUUGUGGAGUAAUCGGAGGAUAUAUAUAGUAAUUAUAUAAGGUGUUCUUUUGAUGUUUCGACUCUUCAGCAUGUAUAUAGUAAUAUGAGUUUGAACUUUGAAGUACAUUAUCUUAUGAAGCAGUUAAGGUGUGACAGUUUGAAAAAAGGUGUAGCGUCUCAGUCUAGGAUAGGGUGGUGUUUGUGGCAGCAAUUUAGGAGUGUUCUAACAAGGUGUUUUUAGGCUUCAUCUUGCAGGUGUAAUUUGGUUGACAGGAGUUUUCUGAUUUUGUUGUUUGCGCCAUGUUUUUCUGUUAUUGGCAUCUUGAAACAUUGUGUUUCGUUCUUUGGCAUGUAUUAUAUCUGAGUUCUAAUGUAUGCAUUUUGCUUUUUAAAAAAAAAACUUUUUAUCAAGCAUUAUAAAUGCAACCCUCUAAUUAUUUUGGAAGUAAUAAAAAAUACUUAAUUAGAAUUGCAAAUCAAAUCUACUAUAUAAUUCACUCUAAUAUAUUAUGGUAUCAGCAACUAGUUUGAUCCAUGGAAGAUCUCACUCCACCUCUGUCAGAUCACCACCACGUCUAUUACAGAAUGGGGUUUCCCAUCCCAGAAGCAGAAUUCUCAGCCUGUUACUGAAUUUCGUUUCUCACUUCAAUUUUCUCUAAAAGUCUCAGAGAAAUUAACUGAUGGUAACUUUAAUCUAUGGCGUCAACAAGUAUAGCAAUGUCAAUACACACAAUCUCACUAAAAGCAUUAUAUGUCCAAGAAUUCGUGUGAAAUUAUUGAGCGAUACAGAUC